AUGCAUUGUGAAAAAGAACAGAACAAAUGGGACGAGUAUCUACCCCAAGUAAUGAUGGCGUACCCUUCCUCAGUUCACAGUAGUACACACUUUACGCCAAAUAUAAUGGUAUUCGGUAGGAAUAUCACCAUGCCUCUUGAAGCUGUAACAUGUUGCCCAACCAAAGAAACAGAGUCUGACACCCAUGAGUACAUAUCUGAUCUUCAAGCAAAGAUUCACUCUGUCCAUGAACUUGCAAGACAGAACCUGAAAACAAGUGCAGAACAUCAGAAACGUUAUUAUGAUAUCAAAACAAGUAAAAAGUCCCUUGACAUUGGUCAGCUGGUGUGGUUAUAUGAACCUUUACAGAAAAAGGGAGUGUGCAAGAAGUUGUCUUGUCCUUGGAGUGGUCCCUGCAUUGUCCUUGAGAAAAUUUAUGAUACAACGUAUCGGGUCUCAUUUGCUAAGUCAUUUUUGUGA